AUGGGUGGCAAAGGUCAGGAGAAGGGCAAAUCUCCGGCCCAAGACGGCAAGAGCCUUGCUGCGGCUUCGGCUGGUGGUGCAGCUGAGAUGGCUGCUUCUGAUGGUGCCGGACCCUCCGGCUCGUGGAGGGAUAGGGAACCUCCGCCACCGUUCGACGGUCGGGAUCCCUCUCGUUCUUUCCCUCGAUGGUUGAAGGAGUUGAAGCUUUGGGAAUUCGAGACGGAAAUCCCUAAGAACAAGAGGGGGGUCAAGGUUCUUCGACAGUUGUCAGGCGCGGCUCGGUCUACAGCCGACAACUUGUCCUUCGAGGAAAUCGCCUGUGAGAAAGGCCUCGACAACUUGUUGGCCGCGCUCGAGGAGCACUUCAAGCCCCACCUGGAGACGUCGCUGCCCAAAGCCUUCGAGGAGGCGAUCUAUGGCGACAUCAGAGGAUCCAAGGAGACCUUCGGCGAGUUCGUGAUUCGCAUGGAGUAUGCGUUCAAGGAGCUGGAGCGUCAGGGGGUGAAGCUACAUGACAUGGUGAUUGGAUAUGUUAUGUUUCGGCAUGCCAACUUGAACGAUGUACAAGAAAGCCAGAUGCUGACAUGGGGCGAAGGGAAGUUCGACCGAGCUGUGGUAGUUCGGAAUCUUCGCCGCCUGGACAAAGGAGUACAUGACUCGAAAAAGAAAGGAAGCCACUAUCUGCUCGACACCGAGGUCGAUUCGGAAUAUGACGAGGGCGUCCCAGAGACCUAUGUGGAAGGUCCGAGCUUCGAGGAUGACGAGUCUGACUUCGAUGAGGACUACGUCUACAUCGGUGAAGGCGAGAUGCAAGACACGUUCGAAGAGAGCGACAUCCAGGAAGCUCUGGCUACGUAUCAAGAUGUGCGACGUUCCUUGCGGGAACAGAAGAACAGCCGGGGCUACUAUCCUGCAGGCCGCAAUCCGUCAAGCGGCAAAGGAAGUGGAGGCUUCAAAGGCAAGGGCAAAGGAAAAGGAAAAGGCCGUGUCACCUUGGGCUUCAAGAACCGCGACUACGUGAAGUUCAGCCGAGAUGGCAGCACGAAGGUUCAUGUGGACAUGCUGAAGCUGAGGACGCGGUGUGCGAGGUGUGGGGCGCUGGGACAUUGGGCCAAGGAGUGUAGGAAUCCUCCAGAUGAGAGGGGACGCAUUGCUGCAGCCCAAAGGGCUUCGGCAGCAUCUUCUUCGUCUACCUCCACGAGGUCGGGGUUCUUUGUGCAAGCUGAGUCGCCAAACGGCGUUGGCUCGGCCCAAGGCUACUUCGUGCAGAACUCGAAGGAAAACAGCACGUCCAGCGUCCUCAUGUCGUUUGUUCCCACCUUUGGAAGCGUCCUUCGUGCUGUGAUGAGAGAUAAGCCCGAGCAGACUGAGCACCAGCUUGAGUAUGAACCCGCCCCUGUCUUUGUCGGUGUUGUGACAGGCGCCCACGAGGGAGUCGUGGACACUGCGGCCCAGGAUGGUUUGAUCGGCAAAGCAGCACUGUUAAGACUUGCAGAGUCGCUUCGCAAGCACGGUCUACAGUUCAAGUGGAACACCGAGAAGAAAGCUCAGGCCUGUGGAGUCGGAGGAAAGGCGACCGUCCUCGGCAUUGCAGAGGUUCCGAUUGGGAUAGCUGGGGUCAACGGGUUGAUUGAGCUGACAGUCGUGACUGAUAAUGUUCCACUACUCCUGCCCAUCAAGUUGCUGAAACAGCUCAGGGCAGUCAUCGACCUGGAUCGCGACAUCUUGGACAUUCGAGAGUACGGCGUGGAGGCGCCUAUGCAUGCACUUCCGUCCGGGCACAUGUCGGUUGAUGUGACAGCCUUUUCACCAGAUGGUUGGAAGUUGCCUGAUGGCGCCAGAGGCAAAGCACAGCAUGAGCAGUUCGUGUUUGCGACCCACAGCAUGAUUUCACUCAAGCAAACAGUGACUGGAAAUUCGAAGCCCGCCGAGAAUCAUGGCAUCGUUGAUGCUGCAGCGCAUGCUCGAGCAGAGAGAGCAAGAUGGAGCUCCCCGUGGAAGACCAGCGGCAGUGACGAGGAGCCGAAGAGCUGUAAGACGUUGGCGAGUGGUGGGCGAGAAGGUGUUCGACCUGAUGAUCCUGGUAGACCUUCGCGCAAAGGUGCUGGACUGGCUGCCAAGUUCCUCUUCGCGGACAAACAGCUGGAGUAUGGCGAGGUGAUCCGCUAUGCCAGCUUCCUUGGAACACGUCAGACGAAGGACAAACCGCAAAUUGCCAUCGAAGCUUGCAAACACCCGGCGCAGGAGUUGAAGGGCGCGGGGAACCAGCACCAGAAGGAGAUCUACUGCAACAAGUGCAAGGGCCGCUGGGAGUACCUCAAUCCGACACAACUGGCCCGGAAGAAGGAAGAGAAGGAUCGCGCAUGUGCCGCAUCGAGCAGCGAGCAGACGAAGAUCAUCAUGUGUCAGUGUGGCAAGCCGGCUCGAAACUGGCAGGUAAAGAAAGAGGGUCCAACGAAGGGCCGACACUUCUAUCGAUGCGAGAAGAGAGUGUGCGAGUUCUUCCUUUGGGACAUCAAGGAGCAGAUGGAAAUAAAGGACCAGCAGGCAAUGGAGUUGGACGACUUGGAGGUGUUCAACGAGGAGAUUGUAAAGAUCCAAAGUCAAGCGGAGAAGCAUGUGGAAGCGAGCCGAGAACAGAUGAAGGAGCACAUGCUGCAGAUGGAGAGCAAGUUCCAGGCUCAGAUGGAAGCUCAGGCUCAGCAGCACCAGACCGAGACACGAAUGCUGCACGAGCAGGCUUGCCUGAUCCAAACCGCUGCGCAAUUGAAGACAGCAAGAAGCCUGCAGAUGAGGGCAUUUGGCUCUCAACACUCCUAUGCACCAUGGAGCAUGCCAAUCUCCAAAAGCUACUAUGUGUGGGAUGAUGAUGGGGCGAAGUGGGAUGAACGAAACGGAUGGUUGCCGCGCAGCUUACAGGAAGACGAGAAGGUCCUCGCGGUGUUCGAAGAUGAAGCGGCUCUUGUGGCCUGGAGCGAGGAGUUCGGAAAGACGAAGGCACUCACUGCCGGCGAGAGGAAGCGAAUGCAAAAUGCCAUUGGAAAGUUCGUCCAAGUCUCAGAGUCCACGGAGACAAAGGAUUGGCGUAGCGUUGAAUGGUUGGGAGUGAAAGAAUUAGCAAGUGCAAGUUUUUGGAGUCGGAUGGCGGUUCGACAACCCGAGUACAUGGUGAUUGAGGCGGAGUGUGCUUCUGGUGAAGACCUGGAGGCAGCCUUGGACCUCGCAGCGUGGCAGGAUGCAACGGGCAAGGCCUUCUUGAUGCUGCAUUCCGAGUGUGAUGCGGACUAUGUGGAGGCUGGAACAAGCUGCGAUGGAAUGACUGGACGGCGAGUCCAGCAGGUUCUAGACUGCAAGCGGAUGCUCACUGGAAACCACCCUGGGCUGAUGUGUGCGGUGAGCAAUGAGAUGGGCAGCGAUGCUGAUCAUGAAGCAAAGCUGGCACACGUCUCCGAGAACCUUGUCGCUUACCAGAAGGCACACCACCAUGACGACGAUAGCAUUUCUCAGAACCAGGAGGCACACCACCAUGACGACAAUAGCAUUUCUCAGAACCAGGAGGCACACCACCAUGACGACGAUAGUAUUUCUCAGAACCAGGAGGCACACCACUGCGACGACAAUAGCAUUUCUCAGAACCAGGAGGCACACCACUGCGACGACAGUAGCAUUUCUCAGAACCAGGAGGCCAGUCAUUCAUACCUGAGCGAGGCAGAUGUCGGCUACCUGGAAGGCAUGGCACGUCGUCUGAUUCGAGAACGUGACUACUCACUGGUGUCGUUUGAAAAGUUCGUGGAGAGGAUGCCUUCUACGCGAGCUGGGGCAAGGUCCACAACCAUAGCUGGAAGUUACUUGGUUUUCGGCAUGUACUCACACGGCAACCGUCAUGGAGUCACGAACCGGACGAAGUCGCUGCCUAACUGUGCCAUGUACCUCAACAACAUGAUGAAGUUUCAGUGUAAAAUCCAAGGAAUCCCAAAACCUACUUGGACUACCAUAUCUUUGGGGCUGAAUGCAGGCAGCAGUCUUCAUCGUGAUCUACACAACAAGAGGGAGUCCCAAAACUAUGUGAUCGGUGCAGGAUCGUAUCGCAGAGGAGAGAUAUGGAUUCAGGACGAUGAAGUUCCGGAAUCACGUGCCGUCUUUCGGAACUUGCCGAAUGGGAAGAGGCAGGCCGGGAAGCUCCACAACAUCAAGCACCGGGUUCUCUCCUUUGACCCAAAGAGGUGGCACGAGUCCCGUUCAUGGUCUGGAAGCCGCUAUGUGGCUACAGCCUUUACGGCCAGAGGAGUUGAUGCAAUGGAAGGCGACGUUGCUCAACAACUUCACGAAACGGGGUUUCCUGUGCCAAGAUGUUCCGAAAAGUGCGGCAAGGUCUAUGUGCAGGAGGAGGAUGAGCUGGAUGAGCGGCAACAGCCAGUUGAUGAUGCGCUGGAGCCUACCGCAGAAGAAAAACGGCUGAUCAAGAAGCUGCACGAGAAUAUGGGUCAUCCAGCAGGUAAGGAGAUGGCGAGAUCUUUGCGUUUGGCAAACGCCAAACCGCAUGUGGUCCGUUAUGUGGCGACAAAGUUCGAGUGCGAUGUGUGCAAAGCAAGGCCAAAGCCCAAGCCAGCACGACCUGCUGUGUUGCCCAAAAGCUAUGAACCAGGCAAGGUGGUGGGAGUUGACGUGGUGUUCCUGAGCGCACUGGACAAGAGAGAGACCUUUCCGGCUUUGAACAUGGUGGACUGGGGAACCGGUUACCAGAUGGUGGAAAGGCUCAAGAACACCGAGUCCGACCACGCCUGGAGAACCUUCCUGCGAGUUUGGGGCAGAGUGUUUGGCGUUCCUGAGAUCAUCAUAGCUGACCUGGGAACCGAAUUUCGAGGUCAAUUCGCGGAGAUGGCGGCUCAAGCAGGCGCCUUGAUUCGUCACACUGCAGCCAGAUCUCCCUGGCAAGCUGGGAAGACGGAGAGAGCUGGAGCUCACUACAAGCAUGUGUAUGAGAAAGCGAGGGAGACCACCCAGAUUAGCACGUGGGAAGAGUUGAAGACCCUGCUCUACGAAGUGGAGAAUGCCAAGAACAGGUACGGGAAUCGGAGCGGGUUUUCUCCCACACAACGGCAGAUCGGGCAUAAUCUUCGACUUCCAGGAUCUCUCUUGUCGGAUGAUCCGACAGACCCUAGACUGGUAGUGCAGAGUGCUGGAGAUGAGAUGCGACGAGUCUUAGAGCUGCGUCAAGCGGCACAAGAGGCUUACAUCAAAUCUCAGACACAACUUGCUCUCACUCGAGCAAGGAAUGCCCGAAGCCGCAUUCCUCCCACGUUCGUGGUUGGCGAGACCGUGUACGUCUACCGACAGCCAAAGGAGCGGAAGAGGAGGCAUAUGAUGACCGAGGAGUCCCAUGAGGGUCGGAAGCCGUCAUGGGUGGGUCCUGGAGUGGUUUUGGCGAUUGAGCAGCCAAGCUUGUGGGUGUCUAUGAAGGGAGAGCUCUGGAAAGUGAGCUGCGAGCAUUGUCGACAUGCUACCAGUGAAGAACAGCUUACAAAAGAACUACUGGCCGGUGAGCUGGAGGUUCUGCGUGAGGAGUUGGGGCGGUCCAGCCAAAAGCGAACUUACAAAGACAUGACGGAGGAACCAGGUCCUCCCGAUGAAGAAGAGGAGGCUGUGGAACUUCGAGGAGGAAUGGACUGGCAUCCCGAAGAAAGGGCACAUCAACGACCACGACUACUUCCAGAAGAUGUGCCAGUGCCAGAAGGACCUUACGAUGAGGAAGAGCUGGCGCAAUAUGAGCCAUCGAUCGAUGAAAGUGUUCAAGAGCAAAUUCCAGUACCUCAAGCGGGACAUUCACCAACAUCCACCAAUGUCAGGCAGCAGUCUUCAGAGGAAGAGCCAGAGCCUGCGCCCAGUCGACAGAUGUCAAGUGGUGCACAAGAACUUUCUCCAGAGACAGUGCAGACUGUGCUACGGAAUCAACAAAUGGAUGGACAUCCACCGGGAAGUGCACCCUAUGAAGCCACUCGCAGACUGAUGAGCAAAAGACCUCCCAGUUCUCCAUACUAUGCCAAGCAAGAAUCAAGCUCUUCAUCGCAGGCAUGGUUCUAUGCAGAAGAUGGUCGAUGGAAAGUUGAUCUAGACUGCUGGGAGGACGUGAGUCGCAAUGUUGUGGUGAGGAGACAUUACGAGCCGCGCAGGCGUCUAUGUAAUCCGACGAAGAUCCGAGGAGCUCUGAUGCCAAGAAGACUGAAACAUCGUCAAACCUACAUGGUGAUGGAGGAUGGCACGGUGGACACCUACAACGACAACUGGUUCAAGCAAAGAAAGAAGGUUAACGAUAUGAAGAAGAGCUGGGUUGGGUUCACUGUUUUCAGUUCGACUGAAGUGAACAUUCACGACUACAUGGCCACCAAAACUCGAGGUCAGGGCGAGGUGUUUGAGCACGAGAUCAAGUGGCAAGCACUGACGCCAUCAAAGUUCUCAGUCUUGAAGAAUCAAGGGCAGUUCGAGCAGAUCUCAGAGCCCGAGGCCAGCAGAAUGGUUCGACGGUGGAAGCCAGCCGAGCAACCAGGCGAGCCUCCUCAGAUGAAAUCGAGAUGGUGCAUUCGUGGAGACCGAGAUCCAGAUCUUAUGGAGCUGGAUCGUUACGCACCAACGCUCAAUAGCACCAGCUUCGGAGUGCUUCUCCAGGUUGCGGCAUCCCUCAAGUAUCAGGCGAGUGUGGGCGACUUGAAGAAUGCUUUCUGCCAGUCUUUGCCACUCGUGAGAAAGCAAGGGAAGCUGUACGCUAGUCUUCCAAAAUCAGGGAUCGAGGGUCUACACGACGAGCAGCUCGUGGAGAUUGUUGCCGGAUGCUAUGGACUUGGCGAUGCGCCAAUUCACUGGAGACGAACUCUAAAGGAAGCGAUAUUGGCUCUUGGAUACCGAGAAUCGGUGCUGGAUCCAACAGUCUACUUUCUCCCAGGGAAGCAGACACUACGUGGAGCCAUUGCUGUGGAGGUGGACGAUCUGUUUACCUUCGGUGAUGAGGAGCACUACAAAAAGAUCGCGGAACUUCGUGAGCGAUUUCGAUUCGGGAAGUUUGUCAUGGUUCAGGAAGCUGAACAAGGUGUUGGGUUCAACGGAAGGCGAGUGAAGCAGCUGGCAAACUUCGACUUUGAGGUUGACAUGGAAAAGUUCAUCGGCGAACGAUUGGAGCCAAUUAGUAUGGCCAAGGGAAGAAAAGCUGAUCCCAAAGCUCUGGCCAAUGACAGCGAGAUUGCGCAAAUGAGAGCAGUGAUUGGUGCUCUGAACUGGGCGGCCAAAGAGGGACGACCAGAUGCGGCGGCUGCUGCCAGUCUGGGGGCGGCGACCUUUCCCAAGCCGGUGAUCCAGGACUUGAUUGACGUCAACAAAGCGGUGCACCUGAUCAAGACAAAUCCGGCGCUGGCGAUCAAGAUCAGGGCGAUUCCCUUCGAAAGCUUGGCAUGGGGAGUGGUUUCGGAUGCUAGCUUCGCAAAUGCUUAUGGGGGCAACAGUCAGGGUGCCUAUGGUGUCAUCGCCUUUCAUGAAGACUUACAGCGAGGGCGAAGAGUACCUUGCUCGUUGGUUUCGUGGCGAAGUGGAAGAAUUCACAAAGUGGUGAAUUCGACGCUGGCAGCUGAGACGCAAGCCUUGUCAAAGGGGCUAGGUGAGCUUUGCUGGAUUGUCUCCAUCUUCAACGAGUUGACCGACCCGGAAUUUGAGCUGGCGAAAUGGGAGGAGCAUCUACAGCAGAACAAGAUCGUGGCAAUCGCCAAAAGCCAGACAGAGAAGGAGCUGAAGGAGAGUCUAUGCAUCAUUGACGCGAAAGCUCUGUACGAUCAUCUGUCCCGUGAAAGCACCGGACCCUCACAGGACAAAAGGACAUGCCUGGAGAUUCAAGUGGUGAGACAGAAUAUGAAUGCGAUCAAGGGCCGUGUUCGAUGGGUGCCUCACCCUCACAUGAUUGUGGAUGGGCUGACGAAGAAGAAUGCGAACAUGGCGGCGUUGUACGACCUCCUGAUGACGGGCGAAUAUCAAAUUGUGAGUGAAGCCGAAGCCCUGGAAGAGAAGCUCGAAGAGCGGAAGCAACUAGGUUACAACCGCCGAUAG